AUGGCUCGUCGCACAAAUCGAUCGGUUCCCCAAGGAAUAAACGACAUGAAUGAAGCGACCCAAGCCAUGAAUGCAAUGGCCGCAACAAUGGCCCAACAAGCUAUGGUCCAGGCUCAACGAGAUGCACAGAGGGAUCAUAGGGAUGAAGCAGCCUGUGCAGCAAGAGCAUUGAAUGAAUUUCGUCGACAAGAUCUGCCUAAAUUCAAAGGGGAACAUGACCCCGACAAGGCUGAUCUUUGGUUGCAAGAAAUCAAGAAGAUCUUCGAGAUCCUACACUGCCUUGACAAUGCGAAAGUAGAGUAUGCGACCUAUUUGAUGAUUGGUGAAGCUGAAUACUGGUGGCGAGGUGCGAAGAAAAUGAUGGAGACAAAUCAUGAAGAGUUGACCUGGGAGGCUUUCAAGAAUAAGUUCCUAGAAAAAUACUUUCCGAAAAGUGCUAGGGUUGAGAAGGAGGCCCAAUUUCUGAAGUUGUAUCAAGGGAAUCUCACGAUAGCGGAAUAUGCGGGGCAUAACGACCAACAGAAUAGGGGCAGGCAGCAUCAACAACACAAACCAUAUCCCCGACCACUGGGGAAUGCUAGAGAUCAACCCGACCUCAAAACGGGGAAGGUCAAGGGCCAAAAACUCCAAAAACCAGACCAUUUUGCAAAUGAAUGCCCUGAACGGAAGGACGAUAGAGCUGUCAACCGCAACAAUAUCAACAAAAAUGUUGUAAGCCCUACUGUCAAGGGACGUGUCUACCAUAGAAAUGGAGAGGAAGCUCCAUCUUCCUCUGAACUUAUCCAAGGUGGGUGUUUAAUUGCUAGAAAAUCACUUAACCAUGUAAGAGUGAUCCUUGGGAUGGAUUGGUUGUCAAGCCAUUAUGUUCUAUUGGAUUGCGCUCGUAAGUCUAUAAUAUUCCAACACCCAGGUGUUUCUCGAUUCCUCGAUACCAAUAAAUUGAACUUUUCUUUGAAAGGGGGAGUUCAGAAAUGUGUUUCCCUUAACUCAGCCAAUAUGAAGCUAAAGGUGGAGGUAGACGGGAUACUUGUGGUCAAAGAUUUUCCAGAGGUAUUUCCGCUGGAUGUACUAGGAUUACCCACAAUCCGUGAUAUUGAUUUUUCAAUUGAUGUGACUCCGGGUAAAAGACCUAUUUCGAUUUCCCCUUAUAGAAUGUCUCCAUCGGAAUUGUCAGAGAUGCAAAAUCAGUUGGAAGACCUUUUAUCUAAAUAG